AUGGCAUCAGCUUAUGGUUUUCAAGUAUGGAUGGUAAUCUGCAUCGUGUGGUCUAUCAUAUUAGUGUUGACUGAACACACCCUGGCUUGUCGUCAAAGGGAACCACGGAGCGAUCUAAGCGGAAGAAUUUCACUCAUUGAAGAAAUGUUGAUUUUGCCAUCCGACGGCUCUUGCCUGACCACGGAGAGCGGCACGGACCAGUACGGGAAGAUCCUCGCGUCGCAUGACGACAGCAAAUCACGUGACAUCUUCAACGUCACUAUUUUGUGUGUAUACGUCAUCAGCGCGAAACCGCCAUUCCAAAGGGUAAUGCUCGACUUCAGAUGGUUCGACGUGUCCCGGAGGUACAUCGCGGACCCAUUAUGUGAGCACUCUCACGUGACAUUCUACGAUGGUCCAGACCCGAUGACGUCAUCACUGCUACUGAACGCAACGUGCGGCAGCCAGCGACCGCAGUUGUUAACGUCCAGCCAAUCAUCGCUCAGUAUGGUAAUUUAUGCAAGCGGUAACCUGAGUGUGGUGGACUUCAUGGCAGUCUACAGUUCGUUCAGUGACGAACAAUUCUGCAAUAGUACAGAUGAGUCUGAGCCACGCCUAGUUUGUUUAUCGACCAAUCGAUGCAUCCCAAAGGCGCUGUCAUGUGACCGACAGGGCGUGUCUAACUGCGGGGACGAAGAUUACAGUGACCAACUCAAUGAGCUGACGCCCUCGUUUUGCCCAGUGGUGUACGACAUCGACUGGAUACCCUUCGUUGUAAUUGUAGCCUGCAUUGCUGGUUUUGUUGUCAUUUUUCUCCUCCACUGGUGUUGCUGGCGUCCAGGUUACAUACCCUGGUAUUUGGGCCGUUUUCGUCGUACACGAUGCUGCGAGUUGGGCGGGUGUUGCACAACGCCCAGUCGCCAUUUUUGCUCGGGCGUGUGCCCGUGCUGCAACGGCUGCCCCUGCGACACGGCUACAGGGAAAAUACCGGUUUCGAGUGGUUGGACUAGGCCCCCUGGGCAUGUCAAUAACAACAAGCUGGGAAGAGAAGGUCAUCAGGCUCAACUGAACCCGCGGUCUGAAGGUGGACGUUGUGACGUCAACACCCCGAAUAAUGUAUUUCUUGUUGUGGAUGACGGUCACGGUCCAAUCAGAAGCGAAGGCGGGAAAACGAAAACAGCCAGCAGACGACAACCAUUUCUACCAGCAGCACACACCAAUCAAGAAAGUCGCAACCAACCAACAAAAUUUCCCUCAGAGGAUAAUCACCCACCACCCAACGUAAAUGAAGACCGUAGUGAAAAACCGGUAACGUCCAAAGUUUUAGCAACAACUAGUCCAUCUGGACCUGUGUACGGAAAAGGUGCAGAAUCCAACCCACGUGGAAUUAGGUCAUCUAAUUUGUUCACGAAAAAGAGAGUCAACCCAACUUUUGAACCGAUGAGAUCAGCAAAAAUGAGCCCGGCUAGGUCUGAGCUUCAACGGGAUCCGUUGGGCGCCGGGCCGAGAGGAGAGUUCUUCCCCCAGGGUAGCAGACGGCUAACCCCCGACGAGGAAAAACAGACAGACAACCAUUUCCCGGUUUAUUCCGAUGGAGGCCAUGUCAGGGAAGGCAGAUAA